UUUUCAUUACUUUUUGCCGCGAAAACUUUUCGCGGGGUUCUGGCGAGCGACUGAGACGUUCUUUGUAAGAAGUUUUCUCUACGGCUGGGGAAGCAGAGUCACCAUGUCUGGUUUUGAUGACCCUGGGAUUUUCUACAGUGAUAGCUUUGGUGUAGACCCAGGAGCAGAUGAAGGGCAAGUUCAAAAGUCCCAGCUGCAGAAACGCUUCAAAGAGUUUUUAAGGCAGUAUCGCGUUGGAACAGACCGAACUGGCUUCACCUUCAAAUACAGAGAUGAGCUCAAGCGUCAUUAUAACGUGGGACAAUACUGGAUUGAGGUGGAGAUGGAAGAUUUGGCAAGCUUUGAUGAAGAUCUGGCAGACUACCUAUACAAGCAGCCUGCGGAGCAUCUUCAGCUGCUGGAAGAAGCUGCGAAAGAGGUAGCUGAUGAAAUAACGCGUCCUCGGCCAAUAGGAGAGGAGACUCUUCAGGAUAUUCAAGUUAUGCUCAGAUCAGAUGCCAAUCCGUCCAACAUCCGAAAUCUCAAGUCUGAACAGAUGUCACAUCUGGUGAAGAUCCCAGGAAUCAUUAUUGCUGCAACUCCUGUGAGAGCCAAAGCAACCAAGAUCACUAUCCAAUGCCGCACUUGCCGGAAUAUAAUCCCUAACAUAAGUUUGCGUCCAGGCCUGGAAGGAUAUGCUCUUCCUCGGAAGUGCAGCACGGAACAGACUAACCUAGCAAAGUGUCCUUUAGACCCAUACUUCAUUGUUCCAGACAAGUGUAAAUGUGUGGAUUUCCAGACACUGAAGCUUCAAGAGUCUCCUGAUGCUGUCCCUCAUGGGGAAUUGCCUCGGCACAUGCAGCUCUACUGUGACAGAUAUCUGUGUGACAAAGUUGUCCCUGGGAACAGAGCUACCAUCAUGGGCAUUUACUCAAUCAAAAAGGCAGGCCUCACAAAGACCAAGAGCCGGAGCAAUGUUGGAGUGGGCAUCCGGAGCUCCUAUAUCCGUGUGGUGGGAAUCCAAGUAGACACCGAAGGCUCGGGGCGCAGCAUCAGUGGCUCAGUGACUCCUCAGGAAGAGGAGGAGUUUCGGCAUUUGGCUUCCAUGCCCAAUGUUUAUGAGAUGAUUGCCAAGAGCAUUGCUCCUUCCAUCUAUGGUAGUAGUGAUAUCAAGAAGGCAAUUGCAUGCAUGCUUUUUGGAGGCUCUCGAAAGAGACUUCCAGAUGGGUUGACUCGUAGAGGAGAUAUUAAUUUGCUCAUGAUGGGAGACCCUGGAACUGCCAAGUCUCAGCUCUUAAAGUUUGUAGAAAGAUGUUCACCCAUAGGAGUCUAUACUUCAGGGAAAGGCAGCAGUGCAGCUGGUCUAACUGCCUCGGUGAUCAGAGACCCGUCUUCACGGAGCUUCUUUGUAGAAGGCGGAGCCAUGGUCUUGGCUGAUGGGGGAGUGGUUUGCAUUGAUGAGUUUGACAAGAUGCGUGAAGAUGAUAGGGUGGCCAUCCAUGAAGCUAUGGAGCAGCAGACCAUCUCCAUUGCCAAGGCUGGUAUCACCACUACCCUAAAUUCACGCUGCUCUGUGUUAGCAGCUGCAAACUCCGUGUUUGGACGCUGGGAUGAAACUAAAGGGGAGGAAAACAUAGACUUCAUGCCCACCAUUCUAUCCCGAUUUGACAUGAUCUUCAUUGUCAAAGAUGAGCACAAUGAGGAAAGAGACAUGACCCUGGCCAAGCAUGUGAUGUCACUACAUGUAAGUGCCUUUACACAGACCCAAGCAGUUGAGGGUGAGAUUGAGCUGCAUAAACUGAAAAAGCUGAUUGCCUACUGCCGAGCGAAAUGUGGUCCUCGCCUUUCUGCAGAAGCUGCAGAGAAAUUGAAGAACCGCUAUAUCCUCAUGCGCAGUGGUGCCCGCCAACAUGAAAGAGAAAGUGACCGUCGCUCCAACAUUCCCAUUACAGUAAGGCAGCUGGAGGCCAUUGUGCGAAUAGCAGAAUCCCUCAGUAAGAUGAAGCUGCAACCUUUCGCUACUGAUGCAGACGUUGAAGAAGCCUUGCGGCUCUUCCAGGUGUCGACACUUGACGCUGCUUUGUCAGGCAACCUCUCAGGAGUAGAGGGUUUCACUACUCAGGAAGACCAAGAGAUGCUGUCUCGUAUUGAGAAACAGCUGAAGCGUCGCUUUGCCAUUGGCUCCCAAGUAUCUGAACACAGCAUCAUCCAGGAUUUUGUGAAGCAAAAAUAUCCUGAGCAUGCCAUCUACAGGGUGCUGCAGCUUAUGAUGCGUCGUGGUGAGAUCCAGCAUCGCAUGCAACGCAAAGUCCUUUAUCGCAUCAAGUGAAACACCUGGUUUCUCCUGGGAUAUUGAUUCAUUCUUCAUGUAAUCAGAACUAAGUUCUGAACAUUUUUGCUGCUGUUUUCUUACGUCUAACAUCUGCAGCACACUUUUCAAUCUAAAGAAAAAUAAUCUGAGGUAUUGUCCAAUUCUGGUCAAAAGGAAGACAGCAUAAGAAUACCUCUUGUUUUUAUUUGUUGCAAUUUCCUUGUUAAAGUGUCACCUUGAUAUUUUGUUAUAAUAUUAAAAGCUUUUUGUCAGCACUAAAACUUAGUAAGUAACAUGUCUGAAACAGAAAGUGUUCUGUAAAGAGUGUGCAGUAAAAUAAAGCUGUUAAACAGCACAGAGCUAACUUUCUCUAACUUGUUUCAGCUAACUGCUCCCCCUGAAACACUCUGGAAGCCUUGUUGCUUGGUGUAGUAAAAUUAUAUUGUGAUCUCUUGUGGCUGCCAUUGAGGUCAAUGAUAGAGACCCAGGGAAGUGAACUUGCAGAAAACAAAGAUCUCUCCCCUGAGAAGUCAAGAGUUCCAAGGCAUGUUUACACAACCUGACUUUUGUACCUAGUAGUGAUAUAUCAAUAGUAAUUAGCUGAGCAACAUCCAGUGGAGGAGAUCAGGAAACAAAUGUAUAAAGAGAUCUACCAGUGCUAUGGCAGAAAUAAGUUACUUCCACCGUCACUCUUUCCUUGAAUGUGAGAUAAGAGUCUUAAUGUAAGAGUGUCAAGAGCAUAGCUGCUUUUUUCUUCCUGCUGGCUUUCUAUGUGCAAGCAUGAUUCCUUAAGAUAAGAUGGUGACUAUGCAUAAUUCUACCUUAUAGUGGAAAUGUCUAUCCUGUAGUGCUUCUGACAAAAAAACCUAAUUUUAUUUUGAUUUUAUUACAUGCUGAUUAUAUUUCCCACAAGAGUGCAUAAGAAUGGUUCAACUGUUUUUGCAAGAUGGGCAACAUGGCUUCCAUAUGGAAAUUCAGAGGUGAACCUUUUUUUCCCCUCUCAUGCUUGUAUUUUCUUUGAAAUACAAUGCCCAUAUUAUAAACAUGUCAUUUUCGCAGGUUGAUGCUGUAUAUUCUUUUUUUUUUUUUUAGUUACAUGGGGAUGCUGGUGGGAGAAUAAUAGCCAGAAAGGAACUCAGUAUGUAUGUUUUUGUAAUUUUUGUCUGAUUUCAAGCUGCUGGCCUUUUGCUCUAACAAAGGCUUUCUCUCUUUCUCCCUAAUUUCAGGAGCCAGCAGGGGGUGCUAGAAUUCCAAAAUCUGCUGGCUUCAUGGACUAAGUGAGGGUUCAUUACUUUACCAUAAUAAAGGAAAGGAUAACUGGUCGGUAGAGAGACAGCCUAGCCCUGUGCUUUUUCCUCCUCAGUGAAAUUAUACUGUCUGAGCACUGCAGAUAAACCGGUCUUAUGGGAAUAUAUAGUUGGGGUGAUCUGUGAUG